AUGUUCUCAAAUCUCCCGCCUGAAAUUCGACUAUUGAUUAUUGAUAAACUAGAGCCGGAUGACAGAGCUGAGCUCAAAAAAUGCUCGAAACAAUGUUGGCGAGAUGUGCGAAGUUCGAAAAACGAGAAAACAUGUUUGGGUCUGGAAUGGGAGAGUCGAACGGAAAACGAAAUCGAAUUGACAUUUUAUACCGAUGGAUUUCGAAAAGCGCAAGUUUUGAGAAUUUGUCAGGAUUUAGAGGAUGAUCGACGCAUUUUUGGAGCUAUGUGAGUUUUGAUUUUGAAAAAUUUGAAAAAAAAAUUGAAAUUCAUUUUUUUAGAACCACCAACUACACCGAAAUUCAAUCAAUACUAGAAUUCUCGAAAAAUCAUCAAUCAAUAAAUCUCGUCGAAUUCGCCAAAACGAAAUUUCUCAAAAAACUCGAAAAAUCACACGAAAACCUACGGAAAUUAUCGAUUUUUCAAGGCGCAUGGCACAAAAAUAUCGAUUUUUUCGACGGUUGCAAAAUGUUGAGCAAAUUAGAAGAUCUCAAACUGAGUGGAGCCGCCGACGGAAAAAUGCCGCGAUUUGGAGCGAAUUUGAAAAACUUGAUGACGUCUCAAUUUUGCUCGCAAAUUUUUGAAGUCACUCAAAGUCUCGACAUUGAUUUUGAAUUGGAUUUCGAGGAAUUCUUGAAGUUAUCAGCCACAAAAAUCUAUAUGCCAAUCGGAAAAUUGAGCGCCGAAAAUAUUUUCGAAUUUUUAAAAUUGUGCGAAAAUGGACAGAGAAAAUUGGAAAAAUGUGAAUUUUUUGGUUUGCGAAAAGAAUUUGAGAGAAAAUUUUUGGAACUUUUGCGAAAUCGGAAAUUGUCUGAAAAUGAGAAUCAUCAAAAUUUGGAAAUUGCUCCUGAAUAA